AUGGCAGUGGUUGGUUCUCAAUUUUCAACCGGAGAUCAGAGUCCAUCUGCACGAGAAACGUUUUGGGCAUCUGGUUUCCGAAAAUGUCCCAAUCAAUGUUCCAACAAUAGUGAUGGAAGGAGUUCCAAGCCUGGAGAAAGAGCAAAUUCCACUAUUGCUUCAGAAGAUCAUGUUGCUGGAUGCCGACUCAAUGGUGAUGCGUAUGGAACAACAGUCUUCAGAUGUUCAAGCUGCAACUGGCAAACAAGUUUCCAAUAUGACGAAGCAUCCGAAACGUACUAUUAUGAGACAAAAUUUUGGAGGCGACCCGACUCAAAUGCCCCACCAAAGCCACAGCAUCCCUGGUCUGGAGUUUCCAUUAAAUCAUGGCUGUCAUCUCAUCCCAGCCUGGACAAAACAAUUGUCGACAAAUGUUCGUCUUUUGGUCUCUUGUCGGAUGGACCUAGGUUUAGUGAUUUGACUUUUCGUCAUUUCAAGGCGCUUUCCUUUACGAAAAAGGAAGCCGAAUUACUUGUCCAAGUAAUAGAAGAGAAAAAUAAGGAGCUCGGACUGAUUCUUUGA